ACACUGUUCCCUCUCUUAGAACUAGCAUGUUGGGUGUUAUGUAGUCAAAGGAGGGCAUUAUGAGCUGUACCCCGGGGACUUCCUGAUCCUCUUACAUGUAUAAAUAGCAAGACCAGGCCAGGAACAGCAAGCAGUCUGAAGGCCAGCUGGGUCUGCCCACUAGGAAGAUGAAGCCUUUUCAUACUGUCCUCUCCUUCCUCGUUCUUACAACUGCUCUUGGAAUCUGGGCCCAGAUCACACAUGCAACGGAGAUAAAAGAAGUCCAGAGAAGUCUGAAGGCACAGCAAGGGCUUGAAAUUCGAAGUUUUCACAUGGGCUUUCAAGACGCUUCAGACUGCUGCCUGUCCUAUAACUCACGGAUCCAGUGUUCAAGAUUUAUAGGUUAUUUUCCCACCAGUGGUGGGUGCACCAGGCCGGGCAUCAUCUUUAUCAGCAGGAGGGGGUUCCGGGUCUGUGCCAACCCCAGUGAUCGGAGAGUUCAGAGAUGCAUUGAAAGAUUGGAGCAAAACUCACAACCACGGACCUACAAACAAAGGGUGUGAACUGCCAGCUACUUUCUUUGGUCUUCCCCAGUGACCACCUAAGUGACUCUAAGUGUUUAUUUUUAUAGGUAUAUAAACAUUUAUUUUUCUGUUCCACUUUAAAGUGGCAUAUCUGGCUUUGUCACAGAGGGGAAACUUGUCUGUGCCAACCCCAGUCAUCUGAAAACUCAGAGGUGCCUGGAAGGUCUGAAGCUGACCUCAAUGACUACACAAAAUAUUUGAUUGAGAUAAAUGGGCAAGGUCUGGUGAGAUGGCUUGGUGGUUAAGAGCACCUGCUGUUCUUCCAGAGGACCUGGGUUCAAUUCCCACUUAGAUGGCAGCUCAAACUAUCUAUAAUUCCAGUUCCAAAGAAAACUGAUGCCCUAUUUUGCCCUUUAGUUAGCAUUUACAGUAUUCUUUAUAAAUUCACCUUGACAUGACCAUCUUGAGCUGUAGCCAUCCUAACUGCCUCAGAAUCACUCAAGUUCUUCCACUCGGUUUCCCAGCGGAUUAUAAGUGGAUAAACUGUGAGAGUGGUCUGUGGGACUUUGGAAUGUGUCUGGUUCUGAUAGUCACUUAUGGCAACCCGGGUACAUUCAACUAGGAUGAAAUCAAUUCUGCCUUAGCCCAGUAAUAUGUCUGUGUUUGUAAGGACCCAGCUGAUUUUCCCACCACCCCUCCAUCAGUAAGCCACUAAUAAAGUGCAUCUAUGCAGCCACA